AUGAGCUCCGUCACCGAGUUCUACCGCUCCCAGAUCGGCAACGAGGCCGUCAUCAACUACGCAUACACCGACUUCCCCUGGCGGCUCCUUGCCAAAGACGUCUACUAUUUUUUCUACUACUGCUGGGCCCUGCCAUGGGUUCUGUUCCCCGUCAACAAAUUCGGCUCGGGCGAGCUUGACGAGCUGUAUCCGUCGUAUAUGAACAUCUUCUGCCUUACGGUCCACUUCUUCUUGCUCAUCUUUCAGCUCGCUUUUCUCAUCAGCCUGCCGUUUGUCCUCGUUUUCCCUGCAUGGAUGGGCGUCGCCGGGGUUGUGGCCUUUCACUCGCUAAACAGGCUGGUUUGUAUGCUGUUGAACGGCCGAGACAUCAUCUUUCACUCUGAUGAAAAGUAUGCCAAGGCGCGGCCAGAGCAUGCACACGAGCAGUGGGUUUUCUUGAACGGCGUCUCUGUCGGCCGCCACUGGAUGAAGAUGAACCUGAACCGCUUGGCCCUGACUUUCGGCCGCCCAGUUCUCGGCAUCCAUAACCGCACAUCAGGGGUUGUUUUCGACGUCAUUGAGUGCCUCAUCCAGCGCAACUUCUCCUAUGCGACCACCGACGUGCGUGUCUGCUACAGGCACCUCAAGGAGAUUCUCUACGACCCGAAGAAGUCAAAGGUCGUCUUCAUCAUGCACUCUCAGGGCGUCAUCGAGGGCGGCAUGGUCCUGGACUGGCUCCUCCAGGAGAUGCCCCAAGAUCUCCUCGCGAAACUCGAAGUGUACACUUUCGGCGGCGCCGCCAACCACUUCAAUAACCCGCACCGCCACCUCCUCUCGCAAGAUCUGACACGGUCGAGGCCCCAUGAGGCCAUGCAGACGCUCGUCUCGGAGGGUUGCUACGAGGAGCCGGUCACCACGCCUCUCGAGAUAAAGAAGGAUCCAAUGGCGACCGCCUCCGUCGUACGAAGAUCAUCUUCGUUGGCGUCUUACCACACCGCCUCCGCCGCCAAGGACAGAGCCAUUGGCCAUAUCGAGCACUAUACUCACAACACCGACUUUGUCGCCAUAUGGGGCAUCCUCCAUUUCGCUACCAACAAGAUGGCUUCUUUGCAGCUGCCUCGGUUCCUCGGCCGUCUCUUCAACCGCUCCAACGGACACGGCGGACAUCUCCUCGUCCAGCAUUACCUCGACGGCAUGUUCCCUUUGAAACGAGACCCGGAAACCGGAGAGUUUACCGGAGCCGACGAAAACAAUGAGUUCAUGGAAGAGGUCAUCAAGUUUGGCGUUGAGGGCACCGCCAUGGACAACGCGCGAGAAGCAUUUGAGAUCAGCUACGGGGGCACCGGGGGGUUUGGAACGGGCGAGAUCACGACGCCGAUCGAGGUCUACGACCAGUUCCUCCACCGAAGGCACAAGAAGGACGUCAAAGUCAAGGAGCUCAGCAGGCUGUGGAUGUACAGGAACGGAAUGAGUCCGCCUGAUACGUCACACGUCUUGACAUCCGAUAUGAUUGGUAUAGCCAGGAACUCGACGCUAUGA